AAAUUAGAAUUAUUCAAAAACUAUCUUGAGAUUUUUAUUUAAUGUCUCAUCUAUCCCUAUAAGCAAACGGGUUUCCUGUAGCAUCUGGGGCCGUCCAGAUUGUGGGAUUGUGGGUCCUUUCUACCUCCAACGGUCUAGAUCAUCUGGAAUCGGCUUUGGUUUCUCCGCUGGGCGCUGGCCUCAGACUCUGCGGCAAUGGAGAGAUAGCAAAGUCAAAAAUUAUUUGAACGCUCUUCAAAAUCCUUUUCAUCUUUUUCUGCAGCUUCAAAAUCGAAUUUGAGAACUGGGCUUGUGUGAUUAAUGGGCGAUUCUAUUCUCUUUUCUUGUCUAAAUUGCAGAGGUAAGUUAUGAUUUUUGCAACAGCGACUUCAAGUUUUGGCUUCAUUCCAACAUGGCCAACUGAUGGUCGCCGGCCUCACUCGCACGAUGUUGUCACAUUGAACCGAGUUUCAAAUCAGAGAGCAUCUGACUUCACCCCAAUAACUCGAGAUGAUAGGAGAACGUGCGAGCUGUUUGAUUUGUGCAAAAGACUAGUGCCAUAUGAGGAUGCAUGGAAUUGGCAAAAAGACAUUGUUAGAGAGAAAAGAACAUUGAUUGAAAGGAAUGAAGAGUGCCCGGAUACGCUGAUCGUUUUGCAGCAUCAACCUGUGUAUACAUUGGGUACCCGUAGUUCUGUAGGUUACCUGAAUUUUGACGUAAGAGAUGCUCCUUAUGAUGUUUACCGAACUGAACGAGGAGGAGAAGUUACCUAUCAUGGGCCUGGCCAGCUAGUUAUGUACCCAAUUAUCAAUCUUCGAAAUCACAAGAUGGAUCUUCAUUGGUACCUUAGGGCACUUGAGGAGGUGGUCAUUCGUGUUCUUUCCGCAACCUUCGCAAUUGAGGCUUCACGUGUUGAUGGUUUAACUGGAGUUUGGGUUGGGGAUCAGAAACUGGCUGCAAUUGGGAUAAGAGUUUCUCACUGGAUAACUUAUCAUGGUUUGGCACUGAAUGUCACCACAAAUUUGAAACCCUUUGAUUGGAUAGUCCCUUGUGGGAUUAGGAACCGAAAGGUUGGAAGCAUCAAGGGGUUGCUACAAGAAGUUGGAUCUUGCAGUGGAUAUGAAAAUGUAGAUAUACAUCAACUUGACGAUCUCCAGUUGAUUGAUAUUACUUACAAAUCUUUUAUCAGGGAAUUUUCUGAAGUUUUUCAGCUUAAGAUCUGUCAAACCAUAUCCAAUUUGAGGUUUUCGGAGAAGAAACCAGGAAAGGAUAACUGAUGGGUGAGUAUUUAUCUGGGAUCUUGUCCGAAACAUUUGUGCAAAAAGAACACUGGUAAUCAAUGUGAUAUCCUUCAGUGUUCUUAAGAUCUUCAUAACCCAAGGAAUCAUCUUGCCAACCGGUGACAGCAGAAUCUUCAAAACUUUUGCAUUUUGGAUGUUACUCAUACUGCAAUUUUGUUUUAUUUACAAUGUACCCUAUUCUGACAAUCAAAAUUCAAGAAUUGCAUAGGUCUGUUGAAUACAUAAGGAGCUCCCUACUGUGUGUUUGGAACUCGGUCUAAACAAUUCCAUUAAAACUAGUAAUUGAAUUUGGUUUUAUUUAA